AUGCUUCGAUCAAGUAGCAUCGAACUGUUUAAAGGUGUUGCUGGGACGACCCCCACUGUAAUCGAGUAUUGGUUAGAGGCUACAGAAAGGAUCCUUUAUGAUAUGGAGUGUACCCCUACACAGAAGCUUAAGGGGACUAUGUCAUUUCUACGUGAUGAGGCCUAUUGCAGGUGGCAAGCUAUUAGCAAAUAUGUGGGAGCAAGAUACAUCGGGGCUAGGACACUUCAGUUUUUCAAGCUGAGUCAAGGUAGUAUGUUUGUUACUGAUUACGAGGCGUCAUUCCUGAGGCUCAGUCGUUAUUCUCUGGGAAUGGUGGAUGAUGAGCAAGAUAAGUGUACCAGAUUUGAGUCUGGACUUAGACCAGAUUUAAUGAUGCAAGAGUCUCCACUGCAAGAGAGGGUCUUCGAAGCUUUGGUGGAGAAGACCAAGAUUUGUGACAAAGUUAGAUACAUUGAGUACGAACAGAAGGAGCAAGUGAGAGGUCUAGCUAAGAGAGAUUUUGAUCCUAGUGGAUAG